AUGAUGAUCAAAGAGAUUGGACGAGGCAUGCAUGGAAAAGUAAAACUUGCUGAGGAUUUAGAUACAGGGGAAUUAGUGGCUAUUAAAAUUGUAGAUAAACAAGCAAGAAGAAAGCAUUUGGGGUAUAAUAUCAGUAAAAAAGAGCUGCAAGACAAUCUACUUCGUUUUCAUAAUGAAAGUGAACAAAAGAUUAGAAAAGAAAUGGCCAUUCUAAGAAAAUGUGCUCAUCCCAACGUGGUUCGUUUAAAAGAAGUCAUUGAUGACCCAAAGAGUCGAAAAAUUUACUUGGCACUGGAAUACAUGGAAGGGGGAGAGAUUAUAUGGCACGCACUGGAGAGCAUUCGCUAUUGGCCGGUAUUGACCAUGGAGGAAGCAAGGCAUAUCUUUCGAGACGUCGUCUGUGGAUUAGAUUACCUUCAUUACCAAGGCAUUAUUCAUCGCGAUAUAAAGCCUGCCAAUUUGUUGUAUGCCACCAAAGAAAAGCAACAAGUCAAGAUAUCCGAUUUCGGUGUCUCUUAUUUCAAUCCUCACUUGGCAGCAACAGCUGCUUCCUCCGAACAACAACACACGAGGGCAGAUGAAAUGGAUCGAGAAUUAGCUGAAACAGCAGGUACACCUGCGUUUUUCGCCCCCGAGUUAUGUAGCUCUUUAGAACAGCAACACCAACAGCAACGAGAGGAACAUAUCACGAAAGCGAUUGAUGUAUGGGCUCUGGGCGUGACGCUGUAUUGUCUCAUUUAUGGUCGAUGUCCCUUCACGGCGGCGACAGAGUUUGAACUCUUUGACAUCAUCCCUACUCAACCGCUCACGUUUCCGACAAAAGAGCAAGUCGGUUUUGACACACCCGACACGUUACAGCACUUGCUCCAUGGAUUAUUAGCCAAA